AGUUAGGAGGGGUGGGAGGGAUUUGUUUCUUCAGACACUUUGCAGGAAGCAGCCCAGAGAAGCUCAGUUCGGCAUAUACUGAUAUGAAACAAAAACUGUUUAAGAGUGUUUGUAACAGUUUUGUCCUCUCCUCCCACUUCACUCCACCCCUGAAAUGAGCGAGAGACAGUAAGAAAGCUAGCAGAGUUUUACUACUGCUACUAUGCUGAAGACUUGCCAGGAUCUGUAUUGCAGGAGAGGAGGGAAGGCGAGGUGUUGUGUAUGUAAUUCGGUUCUUUCUCACUGGUACUAUGAAAGAGAUGGACAAUUCUUCUGUAAGAAAGAUUACUGGUCACGAUUUGGGGAGCAAUGCCAUGGCUGCUCAGAGUCUAUCACCACCGGUCUCAUUAUGGUGGCUGGGAAGCAUAAAUACCAUCCCGAGUGCUUUCUGUGUGAAAGCUGUGGCAUGGUUAUUGGACAUGGGGAUUCUUUCACUCUAAUGGAUUAUGCACAUUUAUACUGUGGCCAAUGUGGACACCAGAAAGUGUCGUUGCAGCACUCCGCAGCAAAAUGUUCACAGCUUUCUCAUACAGUGACAUCGAUGUCAUUUCCUCCUUCUGCAGAAAACAGGCAUGGUUUGUCCUUCACAGUGGAGCAGAAGGAAGCAGGGCCUUUGAUCAUCAUUUCUCAACUGGACAUGCACAAGCUGAGCCCUGAAGUUAAGUCUUUGAUCCAUGUUGGAGACAGGAUUCUUGAGAUCAAUGGAAUUUCUGCCCAGAACAUUCCACUCGAUGAGCUUUUUCAACAGAUAGAUCUGAUGAUUCAUGAUACAGAGCACUGGUUACAAAUCACAAUCGAACAUGAUCCUAAAGAACCCAAAAAACAGGAAGACUUAUCUGGCCUACUAGGAGAAGAACUGGACCAACCUGGAAAACUGGGUUUCUUUGCCCUUGCCGACAGCAGUCGAAUAAGCCCUAAAUCCAGAAAUAUUCUGCGCAGCAGCAGUAUUGAUAAAGCUCCAUGCUCGCAACGGCACGCUGCACUUCUUUCCCAUAGAAGAGACAUUAAUCGAUCGGAGUCUCUACGUUUUGACCCUACUGACAAAGCACAGCGUAUUUUCAGACCCUCCGACCUAAUAUACGGGGAAGUUUUGGGAAAAGGUUGUUUCGGACAAGCCAUAAAGGUGACUCAUUCGGAAACGGGUGAGGUCAUGGUGAUUAAGGAACUUCUUCAAUUCGAUGAAGAGACUCAGAAGACAUUUCUGAAAGAGGUCAAAGUAAUGAGAUGCCUUGAACAUCCUAAUGUCUUAAAGUUUAUCGGCAUUCUCUACAAAGACAAACGACUGAACCUGAUCUCUGAGUAUGUUCAAGGAGGAACGCUGAGGGACACCAUCCAGAAAAUGGAUCACCCUUGGAAACUAAGAGUGAGCUAUGCCAAGGACAUUGCCGCUGGAAUGGCUUACCUACAUUCAAUGAAUGUCAUUCAUCGGGAUCUGAACUCACACAACUGCUUUGUCCGAGAGAACCAAACAGUGGUAGUUGCAGACUUCGGUUUGGCCCAGCUCGUAAAGGAAGAAAAGAGCUUCUCUCCUGGACAAGUGUCCAAAAUGAACAAGCUUGGUCGUAAAAAACGUUAUACGGUGGUGGGCAACCCCUAUUGGAUGGCACCAGAAAUGAUCCAAGGAAAAAUCUACGAUGAACAUGUUGACAUUUUCUCAUUCGGGAUUGUUGUUUGUGAGAUUAUCGGAAGAGUAUAUGCCGAUCCGGAUUACCUUCCACGCACACAGGAGUUUGGACUGAAUGUGGAUGAAUAUUUGGAGCGCUACUGGUCCAAAGAUUGCCCUGCGAGUUUCUUUCCUAUUGCGGUUCUUUGUUGUGCCUUGGAGGCUGAAAAACGUCCCAGCUUUGCUAAAUUAGAGGAGUGGCUGGAGAACCUAAAGAUGAACAUGGAGAUUGGACUUCCACUGAUGUCCGAACUAGAUAAAAUCCGCCAAGCGUUUUGGGAGAACCACGGCCAGUCAAAACAAACUUAUGGGAUUCCUUCGAACCAGAUGGAGAAUUCAGCCCUAGGCAGAAGCUGAGACUUAUUAUGAUCUGUGGGCGGUCGCAAAAAAGACUAGACUUAGACAAGUUAGUCUGACUGCUGAUUUGUAAAUGUCUGUUACAUUUUGAAAUAAUAGUUGAUCAGACUAGUUCUUAAAACAAAAUCUUAACAGAGAGACUCAAGGUUAUGCAUCUGACCCAAGAUCAUCAAAUUCUCAAACUAUUACAGUGAUCCCACUUAAAAAUGCGUUAAUAUAGUUAAAACUUUUCUGAGCCAUUUUUGCAGUGAACUUUACUUUUUUGUCUUAAUUUGUAUUGUAAAUGAUUUAAUGUUUUGUUUUGUGAUGCAAAGGUAAAUGUACACUUUUAAGUGUCUAAAUAUAUUGGGGUCACUGUAUAUUUUUUACAAGGUUUAUGUCGCAUUGUAGGCCUGUUUGGUCUCAGACACAAAGGUGCUAACAGACUGUUCAAAAGCAUAGUAUUAUAAAUGUAAGUUAAAAAAAAGUACUUAUUAAUUGUAAUUGUGUCUCUAUGUACGAUUGUACACUUUUUUGUUAUUAUUAAUAUUAUUACUUUACAUUCAUGUAUGCCUGAUUUUAUGUUACUCGUGUCAGACACUGUGAAACUCAGGAGAAAGCUCCAUCUGACGCAACGAAUAAAUGUCAUGUUUUCAUUUGAAUUAAUUUGA